GUGCGCGGGGCGGGCUGGAGGGCGGUGGAGGAUGCUGAGCCGGCUGCAGGAGCUGCGCCGGGAGGAGGAGACGCUGCUGAGAGUGAAGGCGGCGCUGAGAGAGCAGCUCACGAGGCUCAGGGUGGAAGAGCUGGCCCUGCAGUCCAUGAUCAGGUCCAGAGAGGAGAACGGGACCGUCCCUUCCUCCACAGCAGCAGAGGAGGUUCAAAAGGCUCUUGGGCAGAUGGACAACGAGGCUGCCAUCAACCAAACCGAGUUACACUUAAGUCUUCAAGAUCAUGGAGAGGAGGAAGAGGAGGAGGAGGAAUCUGAUUCUUGAGAGAAGAAAACCUGAUACGGUUUGAAUACAGACUCAGGAGUUUCUGCCUCAUUCAAACUCACCCUUUUGUCCUGUGCAUGGGUAUGAACUGCAGGACACGCAGGACAUAAGGUCUGGUGCAGUUACACUUGAACAUGUGAGGGUCAUGUCAUAGGUGUUAAAAGAAUGAACAUUUGCUGUACAAACAUGUAGCACAACCCCUUCCCAUAUUUAAAACCUAAUGUAGCUUUUUGCGUCCCUGGCUGGGGCUUGGAAAAGUCAUUGAGUCAGACUAAUAUAAAUGUCUUGUGACCAGCAAUAGUUUGUUCUUAUUUCCUCAUGAUGAAAAAUGAAACCAGGCCAUGGAGGCUGGUGCUGACCCACUGAUUGUGUUGUGACCUCAUCUGCCUCCACUGGGAGG